CGGUGAUGGAACACGAACAUCCUUCCGUGCCCACUUUCGUCGUGGCUGUGUAGCAACCAGCUUUUUUCCAUGCCCCUCCUUUGUGCUUGAUUCCUUUGCCCUCCAGGUUCUGUCUCUGGCCUUCUGGAUCCCUAGAGCAGCGCAGUGGAGAAGCGAGAAUAAGCCAAUAGUCAAAAUGAGCGGUGAACUUCAGCCUCCAGAGACCAAGCACCACGCAUUGGAGGACACUGGAGCACAUGAGCUUGCCUCUUCAGACGACGGUAGCGAUGACUUUGUCGACGCAUCGGAAGGCGAACGUCCCCACAUUCGACCAGGCGGUGAAUCACCUAUUCCACUUACACGGGUAGAGAAGGUUGAUGAUGAGCCAUCUUAUGGCGAGGUUCCAGGCACUCCAGCAUACAACAACCGGAUUGCAGAUGCUGUUCCCGACGAGAUAGAAGUUGUUCCUGAAGGGACACGAUCACGGAGUGCAUCCAGAGUUUCUCGACCCUCAACACCAGGCGGCACUCGUAUCCCCCGCAUGAUCGUGGAGAAAAUCGACCCCGACGUGCCGAGCUACGGCGAUGUUCCAGGCACAGCGGCAUACGAGAUGCGUAAGGCAGACGCCGAGCCCGACGAGAUUGUGAGGAGUCCAGAUUCUGCCCGGGCUCCAGCCAACCCUUUCAAAGCAUCGCCAACUGCGAGCAAUAUUAGAUCCACUGGUGACCUUGACCGGGACCAAAUAAGUCUUGACGAUCGCUCUGAUGACCCUGGCGGCGGUGAAGACGAAGCCGACGACGGAGGUUUUGGCGAUGAUUUUGAUGAUUUCGAGGAGGGACAGGAGGCUAAUGCCGACGAUGAUGACUUUGGGGAAUUUGAUGAAGGUUUCUCAGACGAACAGACACAUGCACCUCCUGAUCCUUCGCAGCCUCCUUCUUUACCAUCUAUUCCUAUAGCAGACUUCAGGGAUGCGAACGAUAUCGAAUCUAUCCAAUCUAUUUGUGCACCUUAUCUGCGGGCUCUUUUCCCAUCCUACCCACCAACCACUUCUUCCAGCUUGCCGCCGCCUAAUCAGCAGAUAUUCCUUUCCGAAAGAAGCGCAUCGCUCUACUCCCAACUCAUAGCACCGCCCCCCUUGGCACCACCUAAUUGGCUACGCAGUCGCAUCCGGCGCUUGUUCCUCGUAUCACUCGGUGUCCCUGUUGACUUGGAUGAGAUUCUUCCGGCCAGCAAGCAGAAAAAACUGGUGCUCCCCAGUGGGCUGCUUAAGUCACCUGAUCCUAACAAGGAAAAGUCACCUCGGCCUUCGAGCGAUGACAGGAGUCAACUAGGCAAGCUGAAAGCCGGUCACGACUCUGACGCAUCGCUCACUAGCACAGCAUCUGGCAAGCAACGGAAGUCUAGGCGAAAGGCCGGCAACAAAGAGGUCGAGCAGCCUCCAGAAUUUGAUACCGUGGCUGCUAGGAGGCUUGCACAAACAACGCAGGAGAGAAUUGAUGGUAUGAGUGAUAAGGAGCUGAAAGAGCAUAUCAAGGAAGUUGAGAGAAUGAAUGAGAAAGGGAGGGAAUAUUUGGGCUACUGGCAGCGAAAGGUGGAAGAAGCUGGACGGGAGAAGGAGGCCUUUGAGGGCGUGAUAGAAAAUCUGGUCAAUUUUGCGAGGAAGGUCAGAAAAUAGCACAACUCCGGUUCCUUGAAACCUGCCCCGUGACUCGACGUCGGUCUCCGUUCGGCGAGUUUUUUUAUGUCGAAUCGACAUCGAUACCCGAAUUACCCUUAGCAUCAAGGAUGAGCCGAUUGAUUAAGACAUCCGCUUUGUGCAUAGCAAAUGCCCUACGUAUUCUUCACGCAUUGCAGAACCGCUAGAGCUGAUAUGGAAGGCCGUAUUUAUUUUCAUCGGCCAUCAGAUCCCAUGUAUUCAC